GUUGUAGUAUUCCUAUAUUCACUGCAAUGAAACUAAUAAUAAAGUAUACAGUACUCACACUUUUCUAUGCUCAACUGAUAAAUUGUUCUGGAUAUUUGGAAGUCCACCUUCGAAGUCCUCACGAACAACCUGCAACUGUUAAUAUUUCUACAGAUGUUCAAAAUGAAGAGUCGAACGUUUUCGAAGUAAUUCUGAAACCAAACGUAGUAUUUAACGUGACAAGAAUUCCUGUUGAUUUCAAUAAAACCUACAAUUUAAUCAUCAAAAGCGAGGCAAAUGAUGGGAAAAGCAAAAUGACAAUGGAGAGCAACCUGACUCCACGUGUUGGAUUGAUCUCCCCAAUUCAAGUUACACGUACAUUUGAUGGUUUACGGAUUAUCAUUGAAUGUGAUGAAAACUGGUUCGGUGAAAAAUGUGAUGUUUUCUGCGAUAACAUUGAACAAAGACUACAUGGAAAGCGUUGCAAUUACCGUGGAGUUCCAAGUUGUUUAAAUAUGUUUACUGGAGCAGGAUGUAUGAAAAUGAUUACUCCGAUGGACUGCUCAUGCAAGAACAAUGGAAAAUGUGUUGACUCCGCUGAAACGCCAAUUUGUGAAUGUACGAGAGGUUUUAAGGGAGACACGUGUGAGGAAAUGCACGAAACUAUAAAAGCAGCUAUUAAUGUCCAACAGGAAGAAAUCGGAUGCGGUGGAUCAAUUCAUAAUAGUAUUAUGGAGAAUUUAGUUCUAAAUCAGAUGAGAGAAGUUAAACAAGAUACAAUGUUUCAACUUCUUAGAAGCUUGGUAGGAGCGAUCUUUGGGGCUAUUUCUAGUGUUUUACCAAUUGAUGGAACACUCGGAAAUGCAGCCUGUAAUAAUUCUCUUGUGGAUAGUGUUUCUGAAUUGGAUGGAAGUGGCGUAUUCCCUGAGGAAGGAUCAGGAAUUACAUUUUUGGAUUAGACUGGAAACAACAAUUGGAUGAAUUCAAUUAAUAACUGAAUUUUAUUUAUGUGAUAAUAAAGCUGUUAUUGAUUUAAAAUC